AGUCUUAAUCAAGCAUGCAAAUAACUUCUUUCGGAUUUAACAUUUAAAAGACAAGCUAUAUGAACAUGCCAUUGCUUAUUUUAUAAAGGAGAAUGGACUUCGAUUUUAAAUGACCAUCAUAAUGCUGAGUCUCUCUACCACAGCGCUUCCAGAGCAGAGAAAGAGAAAGCCCCCUGCCCAGCCCAAGGAUAGCCAGCCAGACCGCUGAGAGGAUGAAACUCUGACACGCCAACAGACCGCAGGGAAACGAGCACAACAACUAAGCUUGGCUGGGAGUGAUGCUCAGACUGGCUUAGGCUUGCAGCACCACUGAAGACUGAUACAGGGCAGACUACGACAACUAGCCCCGAAGACCAGCGAAUAGUGAUCCACUGACGCCGAAGACCAGCGAAUAGUGAUCUACUGACCCCGAAGAUCAGCGAAUAGUGACCCACUGACCCCGAAGACCAGCGAAUAGUGAUCCACUGACCCCGAAGACCAGCGAAUAGUGAUCCACUGACAUUGAAGACUCGUAAGACGGGUUGUAUCUGACAGAGAGAGGACUGCCGCCACGCUCCAGCCCCGCUCCAACCCACUGUUUCCUAGGUUCCUGUGGCAGCAGCGAGUGAUUCACGCAGCUUUGGCCCGUCCGGCUUUAACUGUACAUGGAGACCCCCAGCUGGGCAGGAAACACGUUGUGUAAGCCAGGAAGCAUUGCUGUCUUCGGGAACGUCGUGUACAGCGGGCUGCUCAACGAGCACCUCUGGCAUUUAGGAGUUCCCCUCUUCACGAGACUGGGUAACCAGGAGGCCACCAACCCCCCAGAAGCCAUGGCCCAGCCGUACACCCCCGCCCAGUACCCGCCGCCCCCACAGAACGGCAUCCCGGCUGAGUUUGCGGCGCCCCACCCUCUCCCCGCGCAGGACUACACGGGGCAGAGUAGGGUGCCCGAGCACGCCCUGACCCUCUACACCCCCACACAGACGCACAACGAGCCGCCCGGCAACGACAACAACACGUCCGCCAUCACCGCCAACACGACUGUACCGACAGACGACCUGACGCAAACGGAGGGGUCCCAGCAGCUCCAGCUGCAACAGUGUGACUCCUCAGAGAAGCAGCAGCCCAAGAGGUUGCACGUCUCCAACAUUCCCUUCCGCUUCCGCGACCCCGACCUGCGGCAAAUGUUUGGCCAAUUUGGAAAGAUUCUCGAUGUGGAGAUUAUCUUUAAUGAGCGAGGAUCCAAGGGCUUUGGGUUUGUAACUUUUGAAACGAGCACAGACGCCGACCGUGCGCGGGAUAAGCUAAAUGGAACAAUCGUAGAGGGACGCAAGAUAGAGGUCAACAACGCAACAGCAAGAGUGAUGACAAACAAAAAAGUGGCCAACCCUUACACAAAUGGCUGGAAGCUGAACCCAGUGGUGGGAGCUGUCUAUGGUCCUGAACUCUAUGCCGUGACCGGAUUCCCUUACCCUGCCACAGGGGCCACGGUGGCCUACAGAGGGGCCCACUUGCGAGGUCGAGGGCGGGCCGUGUACAACACCUUCCGCACGGCACCUCCGCCACCGCCCAUCCCGGCCUACGGAGCAGUGGUGUACCAGGAUGGCUUCUACGGGGCAGAAAUCUAUGGGGGUUAUGCUGCAUAUAGAUACGCCCAGCCCACUACCGCGGCUGCCUACAGUGACAGCUACGGCAGAGUCUAUGCAACAGCCGACCCUUACCACCACACAAUUGGCCCUGCCGCCGCGUACAGUGUGGGGACCAUGGCUAGCCUAUACAGAGGAGGGUACAGUCGCUUCACUCCCUACUAAAAGAAAGAAAAAGAGAAAAAGACAGAGAGACAUUACCCCCCCCCCCAACAAACA